AUGAGUAGAAAGAUUAAAAUUCUUAAUGAAUGUUCAUUUUCUAUUGAAAAUGAAGAUCACACUUUAUUAAAUCCUUUAAAACAUGUUAUUGACACUCAUAUUGACAAUAUUGAAUUUUGUGGAUACACAAUUCCACAUCCAUCAGAGGAAUUAGCUAUUUUUACUGUUCAAAGUAAAAAUGAAGAAAAUCAAAAUUUUAGUGUGAUUAAAAGAACUAUAAAUGAAGGUUGUGAUAUGAUAGGAAUGUAUUGUGAUAAAUUAAUAAAUUUAAUAAAUAAAGUUUAA